ACCACCAUGUUCUCCCUCAAGCCGCCCAGACCCACCUUCAGGUCCUACCUCCUGCCGCCGCCCCAGACUGACGAUAAGGUCAAUUCGGAACCGAAGAUUAAAAAACUGGAGCCAGUCCUUUUGCCAGGAGAAAUUGUUGUCAAUGAAGUCAAUUUUGUGAGAAAAUGCAUUGCAACAGACACAAGUCAGUAUGAUUUGUGGGGAAAGCUGAUAUGCAGUAACUUCAAAAUCUCCUUCAUCACUGAUGACCCAAUGCCCUUACAGAAAUUCCAUUACAGAAACCUUCUUCUUGGUGAACAUGAUGUCCCUUUAACAUGUAUUGAGCAAAUUGUCACAGUAAAUGACCACAAGAGGAAGCAGAAAGUCCUAGGCCCCAACCAGAAACUGAAAUUUAAUCCAACAGAGUUAAUUAUUUAUUGUAAAGAUUUCAGAAUUGUCAGAUUUCGCUUUGAUGAAUCAGGUCCUGAAAGUGCCAAGAAGGUAUGCCUUGCAAUAGCUCAUUAUUCCCAGCCAACAGACCUCCAGCUACUCUUUGCAUUUGAAUAUGUUGGGGAAAAAUACCACAAUUCAGCCAACAGUAUUAAUGGAAUACCCCCAGGAGGAGGAGGAGGUAGUGGAGCUGGUGGUGGCAGCAGCCAAAAAACUCCAUUGUUUGAAACUUACUCUGAUUGGGACAGAGAAAUCAAGAGGACAGGUGCUUCUGGGUGGCGAGUUUGUUCUAUUAACGAGGGUUACAUGAUAUCCACUUGCCUUCCAGAGUACUUUGUAGUGCCAAGUUCUUUAGCAGACCAAGAUCUGAAGAUCUUUUCCCAUUCUUUUGUUGGCAGAAGGAUGCCACUCUGGUGCUGGAGCCAUCCCAAUGGCAGUGCUCUCGUGCGAAUGGCCCUCAUCAAAGACGUGCUGCAGCAGAGGAAGAUCGACCAGAGGAUUUGUAAUGCAAUAACUAAAAGUCAUCCACAGAGAAGUGAUGUUUACAAAUCAGAUUUGGAUAAGACAUUGCCUAAUAUUCAAGAAGUACAGGCGGCGUUUGUAAAACUUAAACAACUAUGCGUUAAUGACUCUUUUGAAGAAACUGAAGAGAAGUGGUUAUCUUCACUAGAAAAUACUCGGUGGUUAGAAUAUGUAAGGGCUUUCCUUAAACAUUCGGCAGAACUUGUGUACAUGCUGGAAAACAAACACCUUUCUGUAGUCCUACAAGAGGAGGAGGGAAGAGAUUUGAGCUGUUUCAUAGCUUCUCUUGUUCAAGUGAUGCUGGAUCCUUAUUUCAGGACAAUUACUGGAUUUCAGAGUCUGAUACAAAAGGAGUGGGUCAUGGCAGGAUAUCAGUUCCUAGACAGAUGCAACCAUUUAAAGAGAUCAGAAAAAGAGUCUCCCUUAUUUUUGCUGUUCUUGGAUGCCACAUGGCAGCUGUUAGAACAGUACCCAGCAGCUUUCGAGUUCUCCGAGACCUACUUGGCUGUGCUGUGCGACAGCACCCGGAUCUCACUGUUCGGCACCUUCCUAUUCAACUCUCCUCACCAGCGGGUUAAGCAAAGCACAGAGUUUGCUAUAAGCAAAAAUAUCCAAUUGGGUGAUGAAAAGGGCUUAAAAUUCCCCUCAGUUUGGGACUGGUCUCUUCAGUUUACGGCAAAGGACCGUACCCUUUUCCACAGCCCCUCCUACAUUGGAAAGAGCACACCUUGUGUACAGAAUGGCACUGUGAAGUCUUUUAAACGGACAAAGAAAAGCUACAGCUCCACACUAAGAGGAAUGCCAUCUUCUUUAAAGAAUGGACUCAUGGGUGACCAAGAAUUACUUCCAAGAAGAAAUUCAUUAAUAUUAAAACUAAAGCCAGACCCCAUUCAGCAAACUGACAGCCAGAACAGUGAUAUGGAGCAGUAUUUUAGAGAAUGGUUUUCCAAACCGGUCAACCUGCACGGAGUUAUUCUGCCACAUCUCUCUGGAACAUACAUAAAACUGUGGAAACUGUGCUACUUCCGCUGGGUCCCCGAGGCUCAGAUCAACCUCGGGGGUGUCAUCACUGCCUUUCACAAGCUCUCGCUCCUGGCUGAUGAAGUGGACGUGCUCAGCAGGAUGGUGCGGCAGCAGUGCAGCGGCCCUUUGGAAGCCUGCUAUGCGGAGCUGGGCCAGAGCAGGCUGUACUUCAGAGCCAGUGGCCCGCAUAGCACCUCGGGGACACCAGAUUUUCUCUCCUCCUCAUUUCCGUUUUCUCCUGUAGGGAAUCUGUGCAGACGAAGCAUUUUAGGAACGCCUUUAAGCAAAUUUUUAAGUGGGGCCAAAAUAUGGUUAUCUACUGAGACACUAGCAAAUGAAGACUAAAAUGUAGUAUUUUCUGAACAUUUUGAGGGAAGCUGUAAUUUUAUUUUUCUGAAUUAAAAUUGCUAACCAUAGGCAUAUAUAAGAAUAAUAGAAAUUCACACUCAUAUUUAAAAAUAUGUUGAAUCAUGCUUCCUUCACAAUUAUUUUAAAAGAUGUAAAUUUUGCUUUUUAUGUCCUCUUUCUGUCAUCAUUGAUCUAGCUCAUUUUAAAGUGAUAUGCAGGCAAGCAUUCCCCCCAUCCUUGUAACUGUGAUCAAACUAACCAGGUUUUGUCUGCUACAUUUGUUCUGUCUGCGUCCAUUUUUCCUACCACCUAAAAGAUUAAUUUAUACUAAGAUUAGCAGCCCAAAGGAGCAGACACUAGGAAACUUAAGAAAUUAGUGUUUAGUAUACUUCCAGCAACAUUCAGUAAAACCCCCCCAAGGCUUUCCUAGGUAUUCAUGUAUUUUUCUGGUAACUUUCUGUUAUUUCUAAUUGAACUCACCUGGUGAGCUUUCAGUGUUCCGAGGCCAAAAUUUAUUAUUUUAGAUCACCUUGUUUAGGAGGGACUUUAGAUUACUGUGUUUUGAAAUCAUGAGCUGGCUUUUAACCUCAUAGGACUAGCUUUAAAAUGAUAUGCACUGUUAAUUUUGAAGCAUUUGCUGGAGAUAAUGUAAUUAAACUUAGAAGUGCCUUUGACACUAAUAUUAAGGUAUGGAAUAACACAGAGGAGAAUAUAAUUCCACCUUUUAAAAUUAAGGUGUUAAAAUAUCACUGCAUAUUGCAAAUAAGUUUUUUGGACUAAGCUUCAAACCAAUAGCAAGGAGUCCCCAAAGCCACAUUUUUGCCCCUCUGAAAUCCAGAGGACAAAGCAACCUGUGGGGAGCUGAUUCUGAGAGUCUCAGGCUGCCUUUGUGGCAGAGGUAGCCCAGCUCCAUCCGGCAGGUGAGCGCCACAGACAGGAGGGUGCUGUCUACACUGAAACCCAGACUCAAACACAGACGGCUUGCCUGGAAGUGGUGUGGGCUUUCCUGUCACCUUUCCAGUGUAGUAACCUAUUGUUGGUGCUUCCCAUUGGAAAUAACUACUGAGGUCACAAGUCAGGGCACCUACACAGAAGUCCCUUCUCUCUGAGGGUUAUUAACACUUAGGAAGAGAGAAAAGAAGGAAUAAAAAUGGGCUUCUCUCAAAAUACUGCCAUUUUAAUAAAUAGUGAACUAUUCCUAAAUUCCUAAAACUACCUUGUUUUCAACCUAUGACAUCAUAGCUAAUGCUGUGGGGGGGUCAAAGCUUAAGCUUUUUAUGGCAGUGAUAUUUAGCACCACCACACCCCCACCCCUUUCCCUGUUUAAAAGAUGGACAUUUUCAAAUUUGACUAUGUUAAAGUUUCUUAAACUGCCAUCUUAAGAUUUUGAAAAUUUUUAUAGUAAUAUAGUUGGCUAUUUCCUUUUCUAAAACAGGUUUUUUCAAGAUAACGUGUUUUAUAUGUACUGAAUAGCUAUUUCUAUUUGAAUUAUUUGCCUUUUUAAAUUGUUUGAUAAUGGAUUUAACAAGACAGAAGUUUUUAUAAAAUGUCUUAGGAAAUUCAUCUUGUGUAUAAACCCAAUGUUUUUGCCAACUUAUUGCCUGGAAAAUAAGGACUAUUUUCAGUUUAUACAAAUAGCAUUAUUGUUAUUAAAUAUUUUAUAGUUCUUGAUUGGAAACCAGCUCUGAUCCCCUUAAAACACCACAGCAUAUCCUGCCACUGAAAGUGUAAUAAUAUUUCUCCCUUUUUCAUUAAGCUGCCUUAUUAUUAUUACAGAUUGUUCUAAAUUUAUUUUUUGGAUUGAGCAUUUAUUUCUCUAUAACUUUCUUCCCUCACAUAAUUAUUUCAACUCCUUUAAUAACAUUUUUUGAUAAUUUACAUGUUUUAAAAAGAUGAGGUACUAUUAAUAGUUUUAAAAUAGAAAAGUGCAUAUUUUUAUAUGAUAAUCAAAUGUAGCAAAAUAUGUUUUUUUUACAUUUUUGCUGGGGAGUUGUCAUAUCAUGAUUAUUGUGCCACGGUUUAUCAUGCAUAAUAUGAAAAACAACUGUAACAGCCUUAAGUCAGGCCAUCAUAAAGCUGCUUCGUACCUCUGCUAACAGAAAGGACACUGGUGACAGAAGUGGCAAGUGUGGCUGCAUAUAGUGUACCAGAAAGAGCUGGACACUCACGGUCCCCAGGGCCCUGUGAGCGGAGCCUGUGCUGAUGGAAUGCCAUGCAACGCCAGACAGCGUUGGACUGUGUAGUGUGAACUUAAAAAUGUACAGCGUCUUACUGUUAUUUUAUGAUGGAAGCCAAUUUAAAACCAAAAAUGUCUAAGCUUAUUUAAGGAUAUUAAUUUCUACUAACAGAGGGUGGAAACUGUUCAUCACAUCCUUCAACAGAAUUUGCUUGCUAUAGCAGUGAUCAAGUAGAUAAAACUUGAUUUUGAGAGAAAACUAAAACCUUUGUGCCUAAAACUGAUGACUUUAAAGUAGGAUAAGCAGGAAGAUGAGAUAUCUUGUUCAACAAUAAUGAAUGUGAAGGAAAUUUUGACUGCUAAAUAAAAUUUCCACAGAAAUUG